UCGGUGCAUUCACUGCAGGUGUUGGCCGCUUCUUGCUUGAAAUUGGCAUCAUUAACAAUGGCUUUUAGGGCCUCGAUCUCUGCUUGCGAUCUCCAAGCUCGUUUGCAGGGCUUUGUUUUCUUUUUCAAGAAGAUUAAUCCUCUUUUUAUAUGUUUCCAACUCGGGAAGUAUAGCUAAAAGUAUGUUGCGUUUCUCUUCAAUACCGGAGAGCCUCGAGUUCGUUGUUUCGAAGCACUUUUUGCAUCCUGGCUUGUGAUGUUGACAGCAGGUCCACAAAUCGCAAAUCCAUACAACAAAAUUUCACAAAACAACAUGUAUGCUACAUAGGAUCACACAUACACGUCAAAGUGACAUCCACGUAUUAUGUCGGUACAUGUUCUCCAAUGCCUUCCUUUCUAUUGCUGCAGAUGUACCAACGGAACUGUGAAAAUCCCCCCGUGCACCGUGAUUUCCCGCCUAUCUCCGGUCGAAUUAGCUGGGCUCGUCAGCUCAUGAGGCGCAUUCGUAAUCCAAUGGACAUAUUCGAGCGUCAUCCAAGUUGUCUGAAGACGCAAGAGGCAAUUAAAAUUAUCUGCCACUUUAAUCAGCUGGCAACUGUACUGGUCGAAUUUGAAAUUCUUUAUCACAAAGGUUGGCUUAAGCAAGUGGAAAUUGCUAAGACAGGACUUCAGGCGUCUCUGCUAGUUCGGCAUCCAGAUACUGGUGAGCUGUACGUGAACUGUGAUCCUCAACUGAUCCAGUUGAUUCGUGAGACUGAGUGUAUGAUGAAAAUGAAACUACCCAUCCCGGAAACGGUGGAGGGAGCCAUCAGUCCGGGUAUCACAAUGCUGAACUGGAAUUCACUCAACAUACCUGCUUACAUCUCAAACGUGUAUAGCCGGUUGCGCGAAGUGGAUUUACUGGUCAAACAGGUUAACGAUAUCCGCGAUGCACGCAUUGAUGCAGUCCUGCGAGAGAUCAGUGAAACUGUGUUUUGUGACCUGCCUAAAGACGACCCUUGGACCAUUGAUGAAUUUAUUGCAAAAACACAGAAACGUUGCGAACCUCUUGGCAAAGUCCUGGAUCACAUGAGUCUGUGCGUGGAAGAAGCCGUCCAUGAGUUAGCCAGUAUCUUCCUCGAGAGCUUGGAAAGCAUAGGUGUAUCAGCACUGGGACCCAGGUCUCCGUCAUCCAAAGCCACAGACAAAGAGAAGGAUCGCAAACUGGAGAGCAGGGAAAAGGACAAGGAUGGACAGAGAGAGAAGGCGUCCAAGCUACCCGACGAAAAAACUAUUGACGAAGAAAUAGAUGAGCUGAUUUUGUACUUUAAUCAUCGCACAUUCGAGGCUCUUCUGCGUGCUACAAGAAACGCUUUGGAUGGAAUGAAACGCAGACUGUUUUGUACCAGUAUCACGCGGUCAUCGUAUGGUAAAGGAACUUUCUCGGCAUCUGCAGGUUUCCCAACAAACGCUUUCAGCAAAGCUCCCUUCUUCAAGGCAGACAUAACUCUGGUUAUUCCACAAGUGGUUAUCCAUCCCAGCCUGGACGAUAUACAACAAACUCUAAACAAAGCUGCGCAGUCUGUGCUGGAUGUUACCCGGUCUGUGGCUCAAUGGGGACAGAAGAGAUUCAAACAGAUGGAAAUUAAUCCACAGAACGAUUCCACACCAGGUCACAUCAAAAGGACCGUGAGAGCCACUGAAUCUAAAGAAGAGAUUCCUGCAUCAAAGCUGAAAAACUACUAUAAGAGCGUAUCGGAACACAAGGACAUUAUCAAACUACUUAUGGUGCUCACUUCAGUGAUAAGUUCCUGCAAGGCUGAGGUCAUGACCUGUCUGGACUCUUUCACACAGUUCCACUCAGUCUGGGAUGAGGACAAGCAGAAAGUCGUAGCUGAUUUCGUUGCUUCAGAUCCCAUUCUUUCAGAAUUCAAGGCAGAGAUUCUGAAAUAUCAGGGCAUAGAGCAAGAGAUUGAAAACAUAGAAACAACCUUCAGAGUUGGCUACGGAGCUAUUGAAAUGUUCUCAGAAACCGGGAUAAGUUCUGCCUGUAUGGGCCUCUCGCUUGACGCAGACUACCUUUCAACGUUAUGGUGUCGUAAGCUGCCUAAAGCCCUUAAAGAAUGGCAAGCGUUCAACGAACUGAAGAAGAAGAUUGACGAUUUUAACGAGUGCUGCCCUCUUCUGGAGUUGAUGGCCAACAAAGCUAUGAAAGAGCGCCACUGGGACCGAAUAGCUACAGUCACAGGGCACAAGUUUGAUGUCGAAUCAGAAAACUUUUUGCUCAGGAAUAUCAUGGAGGCGCCACUGCUAGAAAACAAAGAAGACAUUGAGGACAUAUGCAUCUCGGCCGUCAAGGAGAAGGACAUUGAAGCUAAACUGAGCGCGGUUGUAGCAGAGUGGAAGUCACAAGCGUUUAGCUUUGCAGGAUUCAAGAACCGCGGAGAGUUACUAUUGAAGGGAAGUGAAACAACUGAGAUCAUCUCACUACUGGAAGACAGUCUAAUGGUGCUGGGAUCACUGCUUAGCAAUAGCUCUGACAGGUAUCUGGAAAAGAAGCGUCUCGUAUUCCCUCGGUUCUUCUUUGUCUCUGACCCCGCCCUUCUGGAAAUCUUGGGACAAGCCAGUGACUCACACACCAUCCAGGCGCAUUUGUUGAACGUGUUCGAUAACGUAAAGAAUGUGGAGUUUCACGAGAAGGAUUAUGACAGGAUCUUGGCCAUCAUUUCAUCAGAAGGAGAGACUGUACCGCUGGAGACAGCAGUCAUGGCAAAAGGUAACGUGGAGGUGUGGUUAGGAGAUCUGCUCAAUCAGGCCAUGAACUCGCUUCACGCUGUCAUCAGAGAUGCCUAUCACGCCAUUAACGACGGAGGCUUUAAUCUCAUGAACUUCCUGGGUCAGUUCGCAUCGCAGGUUGGAUUACUAGGCAUUCAGAUGAUCUGGACGCGGGACGCUGAAGAAGCGCUCAAAAACGCGCGAUCUGACAGAAAGGUCAUGGCAUCAACGAACCAGAAGUUCUUGAAUCUGUUGAACUCGCUGAUUGAAGUCACAACGCAGGAGCUCACCAAAAUGGAGAGGACCAAGUUCGAGACGUUUGUCACAAUUCACGUACAUCAGAGGGACAUCUUUGACGAUUUGGUCAAGAUGCACGUCCGUUCAGUGACAGACUUUGAGUGGCUCAAGCAGUCUCGUUUCUACUUCAAAGAGGAUAUUGAUGACUGUAUUAUUUCUAUCACGGACGUGGACUUCAGCUACCAGAACGAGUUUCUAGGCUGUACAGACAGACUGGUUAUCACUCCUCUCACGGACAGGUGUUAUAUAACACUAGCUCAGGCAUUGGGCAUGUCAAUGGGAGGUGCACCCGCUGGACCCGCUGGCACUGGCAAAACUGAAACAACCAAAGACAUGGGCAAGGCUCUUGGGAAAUACGUGGUUGUUUUCAAUUGCUCUGAUCAGAUGGACUUCAGAGGACUAGGCAGGAUUUACAAAGGCUUAGCGCAGUCAGGAAGUUGGGGCUGUUUCGAUGAGUUCAAUCGUAUUGAGCUGCCUGUGUUAUCAGUCGCCGCACAACAAAUCUACAUUGUGCUGACAGCUAAGAAGGAUCGUAAGAAGCAGUUUGUGUUCAGUGAUGGAGAUGUGGUAGAUCUCAAUCCGGAAUUUGGCAUCUUUCUGACCAUGAAUCCAGGAUAUGCAGGUCGUCAGGAAUUGCCAGAAAACCUCAAAGUCCAGUUUCGUACAGUAGCAAUGAUGGUUCCGGACAGACAGAUCAUCAUGCGAGUGAAACUUGCCAGUUGCGGUUUUAUAGAGAACGUCAUUCUGGCACAGAAGUUCUUUACAUUGUACAAAUUGUGCGAAGAACAGCUCAGUAAACAGGUUCAUUAUGACUUUGGUUUGAGGAAUAUCCUAUCAGUGCUGCGAACACUGGGCGCUGCCAAACGAGCCAACCCACAAGACAGCGAGAGCACAACUGUAAUGAGAGUGUUGCGAGACAUGAACCUCUCCAAACUGGUUGACGAGGAUGAGCCUCUUUUCCUGAGCUUGAUCAACGAUUUGUUUCCUGGAAUAGUCCUGGACAAGGCAGGUUACCCUGAGCUGGAGUCCAUGAUCCAGAAACACGUCGAAGAGGCUGGACUCAUCUACCAUCCUCCCUGGGUACUCAAGUUAAUCCAGUUGUAUGAAACUCAGCGUGUUCGUCACGGGAUGAUGACCCUGGGUCCCAGUGGAGCAGGCAAGAGCGUGUGUAUUAACAUUCUCAUGAAGGCCAUGGGUGACUGCGGUGCUCCCCAUCGAGAGAUGCGCAUGAAUCCAAAAGCCAUCACUGCGCCGCAGAUGUUUGGAAGGCUUGAUGUGGCUACCAAUGACUGGACUGAUGGCAUAUUCUCCACGCUUUGGCGAAAAACCCUCAAGGCAAAGAAAGGGGAGCACAUAUGGAUUGUUCUCGAUGGCCCUGUUGAUGCCAUCUGGAUUGAGAACCUGAACAGUGUACUAGACGAUAACAAGACGCUGACUCUAGCCAACGGAGACCGAAUCCCAAUGUCACCCCAGUGUAAAGUUGUGUUUGAACCGCACAACAUUGACAACGCUUCACCUGCCACUGUAUCACGUAACGGGAUGGUGUACAUGAGUUCGUCUGUUAUGGACUGGAGGCCUAUAGUCAAGGCUUGGCUAAACAAGAGAGAGGUUCAGGAGCAUGAUGUGUUGGAGCCGUUGUUUGAUUGCGUGUUUGAUGAAGUUUACACUUUUGUUAAGCAGAGCCUUUCUCCCAAGAUGGACGUGUUAGAGUGUAACGUUAUUACGCAGUGUAUUGACUUACUGGAAGGUCUUAUUCCAUGUAAAGAGGAACAUGGUGUUCUGAGUGCCACACAUUUGAGUCGCCUGUUCGUGUUCGCUCUCAUGUGGGGCGUGGGUGCCCUGCUUGAGCUGGAUGAUCGAGCCAAGAUGGAGGAAUUCCUUGUCAAUCACGGAAAGCUCUCUCUACCAGAUAUUGAUAAAGGAAGCCAGGACACCAUAUUUGAGUUUGUUGUAGAUAACAGCGGUAACUGGGAACACUGGCUAAACCGAGUGCAAGAGUACAUCUAUCCAUCUGAUUAUAAACCCGAGUAUUCCUCUAUUCUGGUACCAAAUGUCGACAAUGUCAGGACAAGCUUCCUCAUGGAAACCAUCGCCAAACAAAACAAGGCGGUGCUGCUGAUUGGAGAACAGGGUACAGCUAAGACAGUGAUGAUCAAAGGCUACCUUGCCAAGUACAACCCUGAAUUACACAUGAGUAAGAGUGUGAACUUCUCCUCGGCUACCACGCCUCUGCUCUUCCAGCGCACAAUUGAGAGCUAUGUAGAUAAACGUGUGGGUACCACGUAUGGCCCUCCAGCUGGGCGCAAGAUGACCUGCUUCAUUGAUGACGUCAACAUGCCCAUCAUCAACGAAUGGGGCGAUCAGGUAACAAACGAGAUUGUUCGCCAAGUGAUGGAACAACAAGGGUUCUACAAUCUGGAGAAGCCUGGAGAGUUCACGCACAUUGUAGACAUUCAGUUCAUCGCUGCCAUGAUUCACCCUGGAGGAGGAAGGAAUGAUAUUCCUGAACGACUCAAGCGUCAAUUUUCUAUCUUCAACUGCACUCUUCCUUCAAAUGCGUCCAUCGACAAGAUAUUUGGUGUCAUUGGUAAUGGUUACUUCUGUUCAGCGCGCUUCACAGAUGAAGUUUGCAGUGUUGUUUCUGAGCUUGUGGCUUCUACUAGAGUUCUUUGGCAACAAACGAAGGCCAAGAUGUUACCUACACCCGCUAAGUUUCACUACAUUUUCAACCUGCGUGAUCUUUCCCGCAUAUGGGAAGGCAUGCUAAACGUAGCUGGUGACGAAGUGAACACCAAGAGGGUUGUGUUAGCUCUGUGGAAACACGAGUGUACCCGAGUCAUAGCCGAUCGCUUCACGAACGAGGCUGACCGCAAGUGGUUUGAAAAGACGGUGACGAGGGUGAUCCAGGAUCAAAUGGGUGAUGAAGGCGUGGAGCAACUGAUGGACGAGCCUUACUUUGUGGAUUUCCUAAGAGAUGCUCCAGAACCAACAGGCGAAGAACCCGAAGAUGCAGAUUUGGAAGCUCCCAAGAUUUACGAAAUGGUGCCGACGCUGGAUUUCUUGAACGAAAAGCUUGGUCAAUACAUGGCCAUGUACAACGAUACGGUUCGAGGGGCACACUUGGACCUGGUGUUUUUCAAAGACGCCAUGACUCAUCUAGUGAAGAUCUCUCGUAUUAUCCGUACGCCUUGCGGGAAUGCUCUGCUUGUUGGCGUGGGUGGCUCAGGCAAACAGUCUCUUACACGACUGGCUUCUUUUAUCGCUGGAUAUAAGAUUUUCCAGAUCACACUGACAAGGUCCUACAAUGUGAGCAACUUGAUGGACGACCUCAAGUUCCUGUACCGCGUGGCAGGGGCUGAAGGAAACGGUAUUACGUUCAUCUUUACAGACAACGAGAUCAAGGAUGAAAGUUUCCUGGAAUACCUCAACAACGUACUUUCAUCCGGAGAGGUAUCGAACUUGUUUGCCCGUGAUGAACUGGACGAGAUCACUCAAGGCCUUGUUGGAGUCAUGAAGAAAGAAUUGCCCCGAGUGCCCCNUUCAAAGAGAUUUUGUUUCUCCGCAGAUUGUUGGACUCAGCUUCAAAGCUCUGUGGCAGCUGUAACGUCACUCAACCAUAAGUACUUCCGGAAUCAUCUUGAGGACGCGUUGUCACUCGGCAGACCCCUUCUCAUCGAAGACGUCGGAGAAGAACUGGACCCUGCUCUGGACAAUGUGCUUGAGAAGAACUUUAUCAAGUCGGGCUCCACCUUUAAGGUAACGUCACUCAACCAUAAGUACUUCCGGAAUCAUCUUGAGGACGCGUUGUCACUCGGCAGACCCCUUCUCAUCGAAGACGUCGGAGAAGAACUGGACCCUGCUCUGGACAAUGUGCUUGAGAAGAACUUUAUCAAGUCGGGCUCCACCUUUAAGGUUAAAGUUGGAGAUAAAGAAUGUGACGUGAUGAGCGGUUUUAGAAUGUACAUCACAACAAAACUGGGAAACCCCUCUUACACACCGGAGGUCAGCGCACGAACAGCAAUCAUCGACUUUACUGUGACAAUGAAAGGAUUGGAAGAACAACUUCUGGGAAGAGUCAUCAAUACAGAAAAAGAGGAGUUAGAAGCAGAACGAGUAAAGCUGAUGGAAGAUGUGACGACUAACAAGAGGAAAAUGAAGGAGCUUGAAGACAAUUUGUUGUACAGGCUGACAAGUACUCAGGGAUCAUUAGUAGAGGACGAGUCUCUCGUAGCCGUGCUGAAGACCACUAAAGAGACAGCUGAGGAAGUAAGCGAGAAGCUUGCUGUGGCAGCUGAGACUGAAGUGAAGAUCAACUUAGCGCGUGAGGAGUUCCGUCCCGUGGCUACACGGGGAUCCAUUCUUUAUUUCUUGAUCGUUGAGAUGAGCAUGGUGAAUGUUAUGUACCAGACCUCGCUGAGACAGUUCUUAGGGAUCUUUGAUUUGUCCAUGGCAAAGUCUGAGAAAUCACCAAUCCCAGCAAAAAGAAUACAGAAUAUUAUCGAGUUCCUAACAUACGAGGUAAACUUCUUCACUCUGACUUGUUCGAGCGGGUUGCGCGAGUUUUUGUAAGCCAAUAAACAUCUCAUAUGUGUAAACGUAUAACUAGUGCUUGUUAUUUAGCACUCUUGCCAGUAAUUGCUUAUGAUUGGUUUCGCUCAAGGUGGUGCGGCUCUUGAUCUGAAGGCUGUACAACCCAAACCUGGCAAGUGGAUCAUGGAUAUGACCUGGUUGAACUUAGUAGAGCUUAGCAAGUUAACUCAGUUUUCAGGCAUAUUAGAUCAGGUUCGCCGGAACGAGUCCGGUUGGAAGCAGUGGUUCGACAACGACGCUCCCGAAGAGAGUUUUAUUCCUGAUGGCUACGAGAUCUCACUGGAUACUUUCAGGAAGCUGCUACUAGUCAGGUCAUGGUGUCCUGACCGGACGCUGCAUCAGGCUCGUAAGUACAUCGCAGAUACCAUGGGUGAAAGGUAUGCUGAGGGCGUGAUCCUGAACCUCGAGGCCACUUGGGAAGAGAGCAAUCCUCAAACACCACUCAUAUGCUUCCUCUCCAUGGGCUCCGAUCCUACAGGGGCCAUUGAGAACCUCGCUAAGCGCAAGGGAAUUGAAUGUCGAGCGGUAUCCAUGGGUCAGGGGCAGGAAGUGCACGCCAGAAGACUCCUUCAACAGUCCAUGGCUGGUGGCGGCUGGGUGCUGCUUCAGAACUGUCAUUUGGGCUUAAACUUUAUGGACGAGCUCCUAGAGACAGUGACGACUGCCGAGUCUUCACACGAGGGCUUCAGCGUCUGGAUCACAACUGAGGCGCACAAUCAGUUCCCCAUCAGUCUUCUGCAGUCUUCAAUCAAAUUCACAAACGAGCCGCCACAGGGCGUGAAGCCAGGAUUAAAGAGAACUUACGCUGGAAUCACUCAGGACCAGUUGGAUGUGACUAACAUGCCGCAGUGGAAGCCCACCCUCUAUGCUGUGGCUUUCCUGCACACCGUCGUUCAGGAACGGCGUAAGUUUGGUCCGCUAGGCUGGAACAUUCCUUACGAGUUCAACCAGGCAGACUUUGCCGCUAGUGUGCAAUUCGUUCAGAACCACUUGGAUGACAUCGAUCCUAAGAAGGGCGUGUCGUGGAACACAGUCAGGUAUAUGCUUGGGGAGGUGCAGUAUGGUGGUAGAGUUACCGAUGAUUACGACAAGAGGCUGUUAAACACCUUUGCAAAGGUUUGGUUUGGGGAACACAUGUUUAGCGAUGACUUCUGUUUCUACACCGGCUACAAGAUCCCCAAGUGUCGUGGGUUGGAGCAGUUCUUUGAAGCCAUUCAAGCUCUUCCUUCAGUGGACACGCCUCAGGUGUUUGGCUUGCAUCCCAAUGCAGAUAUCACGUACCAGAGCAAUACAGCCAAAGACGUGCUGGACACUAUCAUGAGCAUACAACCCAAGGACUCAGGGGGAGGGUCUGGGGAGACACGCGAGAGUGUUGUGACCAGACAGGCAGAUGAUAUGCUGGAGAAACUUCCAAAUGACUACAUACCACAUGAAGUGAGAGCGCGACUUCAGAAAAUGGGAGCUCUGGCGUCCAUGAACAUCUUUUUGAGACAAGAGAUUGACCGCAUGCAGCGCGUCAUAUCCUUGGUGCGACAAACCCUGACUGACCUGAAGCUGGCCAUAGAAGGAACCAUCAUUAUGAGUGAGAAUCUGCGUGAUGCCUUGGAUAACAUGUACGAUGCCAGGAUUCCCGCUCUUUGGAGAAAAAUUUCGUGGGAGUCCUCAACCCUGGGGUUCUGGUUCACGGAGUUCCUGGAACGAAACGGUCAGUUCUCCACCUGGAUUUUCAAUGGUCGCCCUAAUGUGUUCUGGAUGACUGGCUUCUUCAACCCCCAGGGCUUCCUCACUGCUAUGAGACAGGAAGUCACGCGCGCGCACAAGGGCUGGGCUCUAGACUCUGUCGUGCUACACAAUGACGUCAUCAGGGCUAUGAAAGAGGACAUCAACUCACCCCCCUCCGAAGGUGUGUAUAUUUAUGGUUUAUACCUGGAUGGCGCUGGUUGGGAUCGUCGUGGAUGUAAACUAAUUGAGCCCCAGCCUAAGGUCCUCUUCACCCUGCUGCCUGUGGUGCACGUAUAUGCCGUCAACUCCACAGCACCUAAAGACCCGCGUCUAUACCAGUGUCCGGUGUACAAGAAACCUCAGCGCACAGACCUGACUUACAUCACCCCUCUGUGGCUCAAAACCGUACAGAGUCCGGAUCACUGGAUUCUCAGGGGAGUCGCUCUUCUCUGCGACAUUAAGUGAAUUCGGAUUCUUACGUGUUCACUUCUCAGUUUUUUCCUUCUUUUAAGCCUUUUAUCACCCAGUACUGGUGUGCAAUGGCAUGCAUGCAACUUUGUUUUCCUUACUUUUUAACUUUGUAGAAAACAAGUUUGCUUGUAGUUUUGAUUGCCGCGCGCAUUUUGUUUGUCAUAAUUGUUUUUUAUCGUUUCUUGCGUUUGAACCAUUGCGGGUUAGCUUGUCGCAUGUCGGUCGUUCAAUCUUUGAACUCUGAGGAAAAUUACUUAUGACCUUUAAAGCUAAAAUACUAUGUACUUUCUAAAAAAAGUAAUAAAGAAACACAUUGAAAAACAUUGUAACAAAAUGUGACUUACCUUAGAUUAUAUGAAGGCAACAUGCUCUAAAGUAUAAAAGCAAGGAAAAAUGAAGAAAUGAAAGGGGCAAAAAUUAAUUCUAUAAUCAAACAAUGAGUUUACUAUGUGAAGGGUAAAUUUUUCAACAUUGUCCGAGCGUGGGACAAAGAAAAAAUCUGUGUCCCCGACAGGAAUCGAACCCAUGACC